AUGUGUUUCUUUCAGCAGCCAGCCCUUGGCGGCGGCAAUAUUACGAUACAAAGGGACAGCUUUGGUCAGACAGGCGGAGUCAACAUUGAGAGAUUUACGCUGAAGAACGACCAUGACGUUACAAUGCAGGUCAUUUCAUACGGUGCUACUUGGACCACCCUACACGUGCCUGACCGUAACGGUGCAGUCUCCGACGUAGUACUUGGCUACGACGACAUACAAGGUUAUGUGAACGGCGUGUCGUCUAUUGGAGCUACAAUCGGCCGCGUCGCCAACAGAAUUAGUAAUGCUCGAUUUACUAUAGAUGGCACCACAUAUGACACGCCCAAAAAUGAAAGAGGAAAACAGACGCUUCACGGCGGCGAUCCAUCCUUUAGUAAGUUUAUUUGGACACCAAAAGUCGGUCCGGGAUUUGUGGAAUUUGCAUACCGCAGUCCUGAUGGUGAAAAUGGUUUUCCUGGAACGAUGGACAUAACAACAAGGUACACAUUGACAAAUAAGAAUGAAAUCAUAAUCGACUUCGAGGCAACCACAGACAAGGCCACUCCCAUCAAUAUGUGUAACCAUGCCUACUUCAACUUAGCUGGACAGGGAAACAGAACAAUGACGGACCAUAAGAUAGCGAUCUACGCAGACAGUUAUUUGCCAGUGGACGCCGAGCUUAUCCCUUCAGGUGUCAUAGCCCCAGUGCAGGGGACGCAGUUUGACCUACGACAACCCACACUGCUAAGUAACGCACGCCUUGCUAGUAUACCAGGCGGUGGCUACGACCAUAACUUCUGUGUAAACGGCACGACGGGUCUGAAGUAUAUGGCCAGGGUUGUUCACGAGGCAUCAGGCCGCGUGCUGGAGGUCUUGUCCGACCAGCCAGGCGUUCAGCUGUACUCCAGUAUCCACUUCGGUAGCACGGAAGAGAUAGGGAAGGGCGGCGUACGCUACCCGCAGUUUGCUGCGUUAUGUCUAGAGACACAGAAUUAUCCAGACGCUAUUAAUAAUGAAAAUUUUCCGGAUUCCGUGCUAAGGCCCGGAUCUGUGUACAAACAUAGAGUUAUAUACAAGUUCUCGACGCUGACGGGAUCUUCCUAAUUUUGUUAAAAUUUUCAAAUGUUUAUGAUGAAAAAAAAGUCAGGGUUGACAUUUCAUACGGGAUAUAAAGUGUAAUUAUAAUGUUGUCAAUCACAUAUGGUAAAUAUGAAAGCAUAAUGUACUCUUUAUGAGGUCCGAGUUCAAAUGCGCCAAAGAAAAUAUUCUGAAGAAGAAAGGAAAAAAUAUGUGACAUUGCAAAAUUUCAUAUUAUUUCUAUAGUUUGAACACCAUCUCUCUCUCU